AGGCGGGCGCCGCGUUCAGGGCCCGCCGCCGCCGGUCUCCCUGGUGCCGCCCCAGUCGCGCCGCAGUUCCCGGAUGUAGCGGCGGGCGCGCGGGGCCGGCGGUGGCUUUGCCGCUGUGGGGUGCGGGCGGGCGCCGCGGGCCGGGGCGGGGGGACGCCGCUGGGGAUGGGCGCGUAAGAAGGUAGGAAGGAAGCAAGGAAGCGAGGAGGAGAGUCGGCCUCAGGCUCCCGCCCGUCGGCUCCCGCCGCCCCGGCCGCGUCCCCCGGCCCGUCGGAAGGGUCCUUCCCGCCGCUCACCGUCGCGUCAGGAUUGCCCCCGUCCCCCCAGCCCCCCUCCCUCCUUCGCCGCACCGGCAGCCGCGGCCCGCGUCCUCUCCCCCCGCGCCCCCGGUAGCCGUCCCCAUCGGGGUCCCCCUCCGCCGCCUGCGGGCUGCGCGGCCCCUCCUGCCGCCCCGGUGCCCGGGCCCGCGGGGCGUCGGCGGGAUGAGCAGCUCGCGGAACAACCGGGUGAUGGUGGAAGGAGUCGGGGCGCGGGUGGUCCGGGGCCCGGACUGGAAGUGGGGGAAGCAGGACGGCGGCGAGGGCCAUGUGGGGACCGUCCGUAGCUUCGAGAGCCCGGAGGAGGUAGUCGUGGUGUGGGACAACGGCACCGCCGCCAACUACCGCUGCUCCGGGGCCUACGACCUGCGCAUCCUCGACAGCGCGCCCACCGGUAUCAAGCAUGAUGGGACUAUGUGUGAUACUUGUCGACAGCAACCCAUCAUUGGCAUCCGAUGGAAAUGUGCUGAAUGCACAAAUUAUGACUUGUGCACGGUUUGCUAUCAUGGGGACAAACAUCACUUGAGGCAUCGUUUUUACAGAAUUACUACACCAGGAAGUGAAAGGGUAUUGUUGGAGUCUCGCCGUAAAUCAAAGAAAAUUACAGCAAGAGGAAUCUUUGCAGGUGCCAGAGUGGUGCGAGGAGUUGACUGGCAAUGGGAAGAUCAAGAUGGUGGCAAUGGGCGUAGAGGAAAGGUAACUGAAAUCCAAGACUGGAGUGCGUCGAGUCCACAUAGCGCAGCAUAUGUUCUUUGGGACAAUGGUGCUAAAAACCUUUACAGAGUUGGCUUUGAGGGCAUGUCUGACCUGAAAUGUGUCCAAGAUGCAAAAGGAGGCUCUUUCUACAGGGACCAUUGUCCUGUGUUAGGUGAGCAAAAUGGUAAUAGAAACCCUGGUGGUCUGCAAAUUGGUGACCUUGUAAACAUUGACCUUGAUUUGGAAAUUGUACAGUCUUUGCAGCAUGGUCACGGAGGGUGGACUGAUGGCAUGUUUGAAACCUUAACGACAACUGGAACAGUUUGUGGCAUUGAUGAAGAUCAUGACAUUGUAGUACAAUACCCAAGUGGAAACAGGUGGACGUUUAAUCCAGCUGUUCUCACCAAAGCCAAUGUUGUCCGAAGUGGAGAUGCUGCUCAAGGUGCAGAAGGAGGUACCUCUCAAUUUCAAGUUGGUGACCUUGUUCAAGUAUGUUAUGACUUAGAGCGAAUCAAGCUUCUUCAGAGAGGUCAUGGAGAGUGGGCUGAAGCUAUGCUUCCAACUUUAGGUAAAGUUGGUCGGGUCCAGCAGAUCUAUUCAGACAGUGACUUAAAGGUAGAGGUUUGUGGGACGUCUUGGACGUACAAUCCAGCAGCUGUCUCAAAGGUGGCAUCAGCAGGAUCUGCUAUAAGUAAUGCAUCUGGUGAGAGGUUAUCCCAGCUACUGAAGAAGUUAUUUGAAACCCAAGAAUCUGGAGAUCUCAAUGAAGAAUUGGUUAAAGCUGCUGCCAAUGGAGAUGUUGCUAAAGUGGAAGACCUGCUAAAGAGACCAGAUGUAGACGUGAAUGGACAAUGUGCUGGACACACAGCUAUGCAAGCCGCUAGUCAGAAUGGCCAUGUCGACAUUUUGAAGUUGCUUCUGAAACAGAAUGUGGAUGUAGAAGCAGAGGACAAAGAUGGAGACAGGGCUGUCCAUCAUGCAGCCUUCGGUGACGAGGGUGCUGUGAUAGAGGUUUUGCACCGAGGCAGUGCAGAUUUGAAUGCUCGCAACAAACGCAGGCAGACUCCACUUCAUAUUGCUGUCAACAAAGGUCAUCUGCAAGUUGUGAAGACUUUACUGGACUUUGGCUGCCAUCCUAGUCUCCAGGAUUCUGAAGGUGACACUCCACUUCAUGAUGCAAUAAGUAAAAAGCGUGAUGACAUCCUUGCUGUAUUGUUAGAAGCUGGAGCAGAUGUUACUAUCACCAACAACAACGGGUUUAAUGCUCUUCACCACGCUGCUCUAAGAGGAAACCCUAGUGCAAUGCGUGUGUUGUUGUCCAAGUUACCACGACCAUGGAUUGUUGACGAGAAAAAAGAUGAUGGUUACACUGCCUUGCAUCUGGCAGCUCUCAAUAAUCAUGUGGAAGUGGCUGAACUUUUGGUGCAUCAGGGUAACGCUAACCUGGAUAUCCAGAACGUUAACCAGCAAACUGCUCUGCACCUUGCCGUUGAACGACAGCAUACACAAAUUGUUAGGCUCUUAGUCCGUGCAGGUGCUAAGCUGGAUAUUCAGGAUAAAGAUGGGGAUACUCCCCUGCAUGAAGCCCUGAGACACCACACCCUGUCACAGCUCCGUCAACUCCAAGACAUGCAAGAUGUGGGCAAGGUAGAUACUGCUUGGGAGCCAUCAAAGAACACAUUAAUAAUGGGACUUGGCACUCAGGGAGCAGAGAAGAAGAGUGCAGCAUCUAUUGCCUGCUUCCUGGCAGCCAACGGAGCUGACCUCAGCAUUCGUAAUAAGAAGGGUCAGUCUCCUCUCGAUCUCUGCCCUGAUCCUAGUCUCUGCAAAGCAUUGGCUAAAUGUCACAAAGAAAAAGUCAGUGGUCAAGUUGGUUCCCGAAGUCCGUCUAUGAUCAACAAUGAUUCUGAAACCUUAGAAGAAUGUAUGGUAUGUUCGGACAUGAAGAGAGAUACUCUGUUUGGCCCAUGCGGACACAUCGCCACGUGUUCUCUGUGCUCACCACGGGUGAAAAAAUGCCUCAUCUGUAAAGAACAAGUUCAAUCUAGGACAAAGAUUGAAGAGUGUGUAGUAUGUUCAGACAAAAAGGCAGCAGUGCUUUUCCAGCCUUGUGGUCAUAUGUGUGCCUGUGAGAAUUGUGCAAGCCUGAUGAAGAAAUGUGUACAGUGUCGGGCAGUGGUUGAGCGAAGAGUGCCUUUCAUAAUGUGCUGCGGAGGUAAAGGUACAGAAGAUACCACUGAUGAUAUUUCAAGUGGAAACAUUCCAGUUUUGCAGAAAGACAAAGACAACACCAAUGUCAAUGCGGAUGUACAGAAACUGCAGCAACAGUUACAAGACAUCAAGGAACAGACUAUGUGUCCCGUCUGUUUGGACCGUCUGAAGAAUAUGAUCUUUCUCUGUGGCCAUGGAACGUGUCAGCUUUGUGGAGACCGAAUGAGUGAAUGCCCUAUAUGCCGCAAGGCAAUUGAACGAAGGAUCCUUUUGUAUUAAGUAGUGGAACCAGUGUCUUUUAUUAGCUUAUGAAAUAAUAAGGACAUUUUGAUGAUUUAAAUCUCUGUAAGUUUGAAAGGCAGUCAAGGGUUCUAAUGAAAACAUUUCUAAUACUGUAGAACAGGUUCAUUACAUGGUAAUUGUUUAAAGACUGUGAACACAUCAAAAAAGAGAACAGUAUUUGAACAGUCAGCUUUUAGCAUUACUCUUAAAAAUAUCUAAGCCUGAAGCUAAUUUAAAGCAGUCUUUUUUUUCAUUUUCUUUCUGUCUUCUUCCCCUUAAAAUGUAAAGGGACAAUCUUAUUUUGGUUUUGUUCAUGUUUUUUUAAUGUAUGUAUCAAGUGUCAAGUGAUGUAAGGGGUUUUUUUUAUAUUGUCAGUUAAUAUCAGAUAUAAAUAUUCAGGAUUUUUGUUUUAUGCUUCUCUGGAGAAUGUGCACAUUUCCUGUGACAGUUAUGAUUCACAAUAUUUCUGUGUUGAAAUAUACAAUGAUGCAAAAUCAAUACAAAGCGAAUACACAGUUGUAAUAACUAUACUAUUCCCAUAAGAUCAGGCUUCAAAAUACAGUCUUAAGGUAAUUCGAACUUCAUCGUGCCCUUUGUUGCUGAGGAUGGGCUGGGAAGGAAACACUAAAAAGACAAAUUUAGUUUAGAAAUAUUACGUUCCCAAAACUGCACUUCAGUCUAACAGGUUCAAGAUAACGUAAAUAGUGAACUUAAUUCUGCUAGCCACAUAAUUUUGUAUGGAAUUGCUUUUAACUUGACUGGAAAGGAAAACAUUGGAGCAAUGUGUCAGUUAUCCAUUUCAGAUGAGUGAAUUUGAUCAGUUGUAGAGGAACAUAUAUAUAUGUGUGUGUAUAUAUAUAUGGGGCAAUUUAAAAAUUCUGUGUCUCUGAAUUAGGAAAAAGCUAGAGAUUCCUUCUCUUAAAUUAGUUUUAUUGUCUCCAGGAAAACAGUGUCAACAGCAAAAGAGAAGACUUAAUAUUGCUUAUUCAUCUAAGUUGGGUGUUAACACCAGCAAUUAUCUGUGAACAUCAAUGGGUAAUACUGCAAAUGAAGGUAUUGCUGACAGAGCAGUGAAUUUUGUGAGCCAUGCUUAGGUGAGUUGAAGUUGGGUGAAGGGAAGUGUCUCUCACUGAUGUGACAUGAAGAGGUGUUCCUGACCCUGAAAGUGCUGCUGUCAGGAACUGCAAACUAUUAACAUUUUGAUAACAAGUACAUCCUUCCAUCUUUUUGGAUGCAAGAAAGUAUGCUGGUUUAAGGAUCUCUUGUAGCUGAAAGGAAUGUGUGCUUACUCCGAAAUGAUUUGACAGUUUCCUGAGCACGUAGUUUAUGUAGCCCUUUGCUAUUGUGCCGACUUCAUUUGGAUGUGCUCUUGCAGAAUAAUAAAGAAAUCCAUACUGGAGUCACUCAGGUGCCUUACUUGCAGCUAAGAUUAGUUUCUCAUUUAAUUCUCAUUGCAUAUGUCAAAAAUGUGGCAAAAGGGAUAGUUCAGGGGAAGAUCCAUGUAAGGGUAAAGGCACAAAAUUGUGAUCUCUUCAGAAAAUCGAUCUUGGUCUUCUGAAGCUUAUGUUGAUGUGCUUGAAUUGUGCAAAUGUUGGCAAAAGUCUCAGAAGAAUGUUACUAGUAAACUGUAAAGAUAGAUGAACUUUUAACCAGUAAGUUUUAAACACUGAAUAGAGUUUUCCAGGAAACAACUAUGGUGAUGUAUUGUAAAAAAUGUAUGUAGAGUGGCUUUUAACAUGGCAAAGGGAUGUAAUACACAGCUUUUCUGUAGCCAUCUUUAAUCCUGAUCCAGAAUUGCAAAUGUUCAUCAUUCUUUCCAGUAAUUUUUCAUUGGACACAAUCUCAAUCUGGAGUCAAUAUAGUAGUCUGUUUUAUUUUGUAUACUAGUAGUCAUCUGUUCUUAGAUAAUCUGUGUAUCUAUCUUUUUGGCCAAAUGAAAUGGCCCUCCCUUUCCUUGCUUCUUGGGUCCUUAUUCUAGAAUAUCAAGACUUCAAGGAGCUUUGGAAAGUUUUUGAUAUAAGGCGCUUUUUUUCUCAUCAGGAUUUCACCUCUUAAGCUCUGAGUGCGUCUGAGUGUUGGCUGCAAUUUUCCUUUGGCCGAUAUGCACGUUGCUAAGUCUGAUUUUUUUUUUUAAAUUUUUUUUUUGUGUGUAGCAUGUUUGACAGUUGAACUUUCUACAGUAGGCUUCAGUUUCCUGUCAAGUCUUCCUCUCAAAGUAAUUUUAUAAUAGGGUGUGCCAUUUGACAAUCCAUUCUGCGUUUUAUCCUGUAGUACAUCAGAUCUGUACCUCAGUUUCCUGUGGCUCUGGUAGACAUAUUUUGAAUAUUGUGUCCUAUUUAUUUUUCAAGGGGACCUCUAUAAACUGUUAUCAGCACAAAGGCAGGGUGGAUUUAUUCUUGAUAAUGCAGUUGGCAUUUUCCUAAUUCUUUUUCACUGGAACUAGCCAGAAUUACUUGAAAGUAUUUCAACUUUGCAUCAGUUGAAUAAUUCAGCUGAGUAAGAACAGAUCUAAAGCAUCCUGGGUGGAAAACUGGAGUCAAAUGUUAAAUACUCCUUGUGUGCAGGAGACACAGGUUGUAGCGUAGAUAGGCAAGUGCUCUGUUAGGUUUGUGCUUUUCAACAGAGAAGCUAUAAGUUACUUUCUAAUACUUAUAAUACUUGGAUGCCAUCACAGUCUUACGGAAAUAGAGACGAUGACAAGUAUUGCUAUAGGAGCAACUGUGGUCUUCUAGACUGUAGUCACACCAGAUGUAUGUGACUAAUUUUAACUGGCCCAAUGAGUCCAAUCACAAACUUAAAUGCAAAGUAUGUCAGUGUCAGGGAUUUAACUUGAUGGUGCCAUAAGAAACAGCUGAAUUAGAGAAACUAGGCAAGCUAACCAACAUGCUUAAAUUAUGAAUAUAGGCCUCUUAUUGACAGGUGAAAAAGCCGUCUCUUACUGGGAACGCUACACAGUGCUUGCCUUUCAGAAAACUUAAUGACAAAAAAUGUUUGCAAAUCCAGUGUCACUUAUAGAAACAGAUACUUGGAUUCACGCACUGCCUUUGGAUUCUGAUGUAGAGGUGAAAGAAUGUUGUUGAGGAAGUUAGUGAGUUCAUUCACUCAAUUUAGUCUGGUAUCAUCUGUGCAGUGUGCACAGAGUGCAAAUGUUUAAUUGGAUAACACUUAAAUAAUCAAAGGACGAAAAACAGAAGCUCAGUUGUAAGCCAGAGGGAAUCAUGAUAAGUAGGACAGUCCUGUGUCCUUGUGCCGCUGUCUUCAUCAAAAGAUGAAAGUAAAAAUCUCAUUAUUACUAUCGUAACCAUUAUUCGGGAGCAAAGUGAAAAUGAGAGAAAAAUCUGUAAGGCAUUUAUCUCUAAUAUACCAUAAAACCAUAAAAUGUAGGGUUUGAAAUGUAGGUUUUUAUUAUGAUUAUCCCCCAGUAUUUAAUAGCAUUUUUGAAAUUAAAACUGCAUGAAAUAUCUCAGUUUGUUUCUUGGAACGAUCAAGAAGAUGCCUAAUAAUAUGCAUUGUUCAGAUGUAAGGUACGCUCAGCUGUUUAACUAAAACUAUUUUUUCAAUUUAGUAAAACACAUAAAUAGUCACAUCAGUACAUGGUGAUUUAAAGUAUGAAGACAACCUAAGAGGCUAACAGAGUAUGCUAAAUAGCUGUAUCUUGUUAACUUUUGUGUAACUAAGACUUUUUUUUCCCGAAACCUACUGUCACUUACUAUACCCCAAGCUCAUACGGCACUUCUCAGAAUUUGGGCUAUUAUUACCUACUUUGCAUUUGUUGAAAUACUGUGCACUUGUAUGUUGGGGUUUGGAGGAAUCCCUUUUUGCUGAAGUGGACACUGAAAAUCAGACCGGCAAGAGAAUAAACAAGUCACUUUGUAAAUGUGAAAGUUUGAUUAGGAGGGGUCGUUCUUAAGUUGGACUGGGUGAGGAUAUAGCAGAUUUGCACAAGUACUUGUGCCUUGUUAGCAUAGUCUUACAAUCGGUAUUUUAGCUUCUUUUAAAGACACGAAAUGGUCUUUAAAAAUAGUCUGAUUUAAGCCCUUAUUGUGUAGAUAUUUUCUAGAGAUGAAGUUUUAUGUAUGCCUAAUUAUUUUUAGCAGUAUUAAUUGCAGAAUUGCAGUUUGUGUAAACACUAAAUUGUUUGAAGAGGCUGCUUUGAGCUAGUGAUCUAAGCUUCCUUUACAAAAUUAAAUGUCAGAAGCUUAAUUUUACUCUUCCAGUAGCAGCUGGUGAACCGAAGAGCCUAUCCUGUUCUUUGUGCUGCAUGGGUCAAGUUUUCACUUAAAAAAGAAAAAAAACCCAACACCCAACAGCACUACAGGCUAACUUUUAGCAGUGCUACCUCCUUUCUGUCAAAGUACUGAAUUCCUCUCUAGUUGUUCUUUGUCUUUGGAAAGGGAUGGGAAACACAUCAGUUUUGUUUUAUUUCAUCAGUUUUGAUGUCUGAAUACAUUACAAAGGUUUUUCACUGACUGUAUAAAUUACGUACAAUAGAAGUGUGUGAUUUGCCACAAUGUACAUUGUAUAUCAUUCUUGCUUAAGUUGCUAGAAUUUGUACUAUUGUCUUUUUAUGCAUUUCAUAACUUUUUUUGUGUUGACAAAGCAAAACUGUUAUCUGCAGAAGUUUUAGUACGUGCCAUUUUUAUAGCUAAGCCUGUGGUAAAUACAAAAGUUCUGACUCAGGGCUUUUUAACAACUUAAACACGUUCACAAUAUUCUUCAGCACAUCUUGGAGAAUAUUAGAGAUUUAAUGACUGUACAGUGCCUUGAUAGAACUAUUGAAUGGGCAGCCGCCAUAGAGUCCUUACAGAAUGCAAGUAUCUUUUGAAUCCAGGUGAUGGGUUGAUGUUAAUAUAAUUGUAAUACCCCUGCCAUGGAUUUAUAAACUUGUAUAUAUUUUCUGUAAAGGAAAAUUUGGCAAACUUAGGUUUUGCUAAGCUUUCUGAAAGUUGUUUGAUUGUCGCACCGGUCAUGGGGGUCUGAAGGGCAUAGCAUUCAAAUUUACAGAAGCAGCAUUUGUGACCGAGAUGGCUGAUAAAAUGUUCUGUGUGUGAUGUUUUUAGUGUGAGGGGAGGGGUCAUUGUAUAAACGAAAAUGUAAAAAUACCUGCUUUACUCUGGCCCAGUAAGUCUUUUAUAGGAGAGAGAGAGAGAAAUAAUCGGCAACAAAUCUGUAUGUUUGCAUGCCAUGUCAUAGUUAAAAAAAUUUAAGUCUCAUUUUGACCUUCUAGGAAAUACUUUCUUUGUCCCGAGCUUAGUGUCUUUAUGAAUGCAAACUAUUCGUAUUAGAAAACAGGUUUUUACUGAACCACAGGAACAUUUUUUGCUUUUGUUAAAACCAACUUUGUAUUUUCAGUAAACUGUAGAUUUUGACAUGACUGUUUAUUGGAUAAAUUUAAGGUCGUCUGUGUGAAUGUAGUGGAUUUCUGUAUGCGGAUAGCAUUAUAUAAUUGCUUUCAUUAAAGCCGCUUAGCAAGGUCUAAGCUUUUUCAAAGGAAAUGCUAAUGUACUGUAUGGUUAAUAAAACUUAUUAUAUAUGCUGA